AUGUCUAUGAUCACGACCACCGCCUGGGUGCCGCGAGGCUUUGCGGCGCCCUUCCCCACGAAGUACACCUUCGACGAGGAGGAGUUCGAGCGCAUUGCUGCCCUGGCCAAGCUUCAGCUUGACGAUGCCCAGGAAGACUUGGACGAGGCCAAGGCGAAGGAGGAUGAGGAUGCCAUGAAGGUCGACACUCGUGACGAGAUCGAGAUCGACGACGACCUUAAGGAGUACGACUUGGAGCACUACGACGAUGACGAUGACAACGCGGCCGAGGCGCAACAAAUGGGCAUGUUCGGCAACGUGAAGUCGCUCGCCUACUACGAGUCUAACAAGGAGGAUCCGUACAUCACGCUGAAGGAGGAGGAAGAGGACGACGAGGAACGCGAAGAUCUCCAGAUUCUGGCCACCGACAACCUCUUGCUGGCCGCCAAGAUCGAAGACGAACUCGCCCAUCUCGAGGUCUACGUUUACGAAGACGCCAACGACAACCUUUACGUUCACCACGACAUCAUGCUUCCCGCGAUACCACUAUGCCUCGAAUGGCUCGAUAUCCCCGUCAGCAAGCCGAGCGUCGACAAGGAUUCUACUGGCAACUUUGUCGCCAUCGGCACGUUCGACCCCGAUAUUGAGAUCUGGGAUCUCGACACCGUGGAUUGCAUGUACCCCAACGCCAUCCUGGGUCAGGGCGGCAACCCCGAGGACGAGAAGAAGAAGAAGAAGAAGAAGAAGUCCAAGAAGGCCAACGACGAGUACCACGUCGAUGCUGUCUUGGCCCUCGCUGCCAACAGGAAGCAUCGCAACUUGCUAGCGUCCGCCUCUGCCGACAAGACGGUCAAGUUGUGGGAUCUCCACACCACUAAGUGCGCCAAGUCCUACAGCUACCAUACCGACAAGGUGUGCUCGCUAGCCUGGCACGCGGUUGAGUCGACAGUGCUGUUGUCCGGUUCUUACGACCGCACCUGCGCCAUUGCUGACAUGCGCGCGCCCAAUGAGGCGCCCAUGCGUGUGGGUGUUGAGAGCGACGUCGAGAACGUCAGGUGGGAUCCUCAUAACCCGAACUUCUUCUACGUCUCAACCGAGAACGGUAUCAUCCACUACUUCGAUGCCCGUAACGCCACCAAGGAUCCUGCGGUUAGCAAGUCUGUCUGGAAGCUCCAGGCUCACGACGAGUCUGUCUCUUCGUUCGAUCUCAACCCCGUCAUUCCCGGAUACAUGGCUACGGGAUCUACUGACAAGACCGUCAAGCUGUGGAACAUCAGUGCUGAGGGUCCUUCGCUCGUGGUGUCCCGCGACUUUGACGUCGGCAAGGUCUUCUCGACAACAUUCGGUCCCGAUCCCGAGGUUGCCUUUAGACUUGCGGUUGCCGGUAGCAAGGGAACCGUUUCCGUCUGGGAUACCUCCACCAACGCUGGUGUCCGCAAGUUCUUCGCUCAGAAGGUGCCUACCAAGACCACUGAGGAGGAAGUUGAGGACAAGCUUGUUGGCGUCAACGACGUUGAGGACAGCAGCAGCGAGGACGGCGAGGAUGAUGAUGACGAGGAUGACGAGUCCGGUUCUGAUCAGGACUCGAUGGAGGAGGAUGAGGAGUAA